CGGCUGAGCAGGAGUAGGAACAAGCGCUGCACCGAGUGCCCGAAUCGAAAGGGGGUGUCAGCCCAACCGUCCGACUCGUCAUUUUGUCGCUACGCCGGCCCUCCUCUUCUCCCCUUAUCUCCAAGUCCUGCAGACUUUACCUGCCGCCGGUACCACCCAAAAGUAGGCAAUAGUACUCCUUCUACACAUGCAGUUCGCUAGGCGCUGCAGUGUGAGGUGCGUACCGAUGCACCCAGCACCAAGAACGAAGAGGUCCGUUUAGGGUGACGACCAGGACGGGGUGUCCCGUCCGACCUAGAAAACUCCACAUAAUAAUACCCGCCACCUCGAUCUGCGUCUUCUAUACUGGAUACCGGGUUAGUUUAGUCUGACUAGGCCCUCCUUUUUUCGGUAUGGUAAUAGCUCAUAAUUCGUCCUCGAUGUCGGAAACCUUAGUAUCCCCACCCACUUUCACGCCGGCCCUGGAACCGCCGCCGGGGACAACGUCGAACCCGGAGCACCCUGCUUCGCUGGCGCAUCUCGCCGACAUUUCGAUAGGAGUAUGUCUUCCUCUGAUCACCAUCUUCUUCAUGCUCCGUUCUUACGUUCGUAUCUUCGUCAAACAUUCGUGGAUCUUCGAAGAUGUGUUGGUCACGACCGCUUGGGCAGGUACUGUCGCCUAUUGCGGCAUCAUGCGGGCUACCAUGGCAUACCACGGAGGUCAACACGCCUGGGACAUCACUCGUGAUGAGUUUCACCAAGCCUCGUACUGGUUUAAUGUCGCGUCCAUCGAGUACGGUGUCAUGAUCGGAAUCACCAAGCUGGCCGUCCUCUGGCUCUAUCGCCGCGUCUUCUCGCCCGUCCGGUGGAGCGCGUUUGAUAUUUCCAUCGUCGUUCUCAUCGCCACCAUUACUGGCUUCUAUGGGGCCACUACAAUCGUCAAAAUCUUCGAAUGCAGCCCUCGAGAGAAGAUAUGGAACCACGCGCUUCCGGGAAAGUGUGUGCAGACACAUUGGAUACUCAAUAUUAGCGGCGGCUUCAACACGGUGACGGAUUAUCUGAUCCUGCUGCUCCCCGUCCAGGCCGUACGGAACCUCCAGAUGGAUACGCUGAAGCGAGUUCUCGUGGUACUAGCGUUCACGUUCGGCCUAUGGUACGUUUUCCCUACCCGUGCUGGGGAGAUAUUACAAAGACGGGUCGAGAAAACUCUGGCGCUGGGGAGGCUUCGAUACCAUACCGGCAGCGUACUGAUCGCUCGUAGUGCGCCCAUAUUCGCGACAAUCGGCUUCGUCGUACGUAUCCAAAGGAGCGGCAACCCCGACACGUCCUGGAACCAGCCGGAGAUCCUGCUCUGGGGGGUAGCGGAGCUGGCCUCGGGAAAUCUGUGCGUCUGCUUCCCCGAGCUCGCCUUCGUCUUCCACUGGAAAAGGCGUAAGGGCUCUGAUAUGCCACACCGCCCUACCGCUUCUGUAAUCGAAUCCAACCGUCGAACCAAGCCACCGUCCGACCCAUAUUUCACUAAGUGUGACAAGGGGAUAUGCUUGGAAUAGGUUUAAUUCAACUAAUAAUUCUAUAGGGGGUCUCUUAGGUCCUUGCUUCCCUCAAGUUUCCUAGUCUUAUUCUUAUUUUAAUAUACUCCUAAGGUACCUCCGUACCUUAGUACCUUAAUACCGAAGCUAUCCGUGGCUUAUUUAGGACUUUUUUUUGGUAGGUCGCCGAAACGGCGACCUUAAUGCCCGAUAUUAUUCUUCUAACCUAUAUGACCUAAUAUUAUCCUUCUGACCUUUAUAACUUAAUAUUAAUACAGGGCUCUAUCCCCGUAUAAUAUCAUUUCUCCUCUUCGGAGGAGCUCGUCUCUAAGCGCG